GGGAGUGGAAGAAGAAUCCCACCCUCUCGCAUUGCUUUCACCAUCUCACCACUCCCACAAAUUAAAGCAACCUCCCUUGUACAGUCUCUCUCUCUCUCUCUCUCUCUGUACCAACAAACAGCAACAAGAGCUCUUUUUCUCUCUCUCUCUCUCUCAUGCCCUUUUUUACCCCUAAAAUAUCACAAUGCUCUUUCGAUCUAAUAGCCGAAACCAGGAAAAGCUGGAAGCUCAAAAAUCCCACUUCCAUUUCUAGCUACCUAUAGUUACUCUCCCUCUCUCUCUGUCCCCCCAUUUCCCUCUCUCUUUGCUUAAUUUGCUCUAUAAUAAUAGCAAACAUGAUGAACAGGCUCCCCUCUUCUUCUUCUUCUUCGUCCUCGGUCGACCCCUACUCCAUCUUCCCCUUUGCCAGCUCCUUUGACAACUGGAACGCCCAACUCAACUACAGUACCCACACCCACCAAGGCUUUGACGGGUCCCACCACCACCACCCUCACCCUCCUCCUCCUCCUCCUCACCAUUCGCUGGCGCCCCUCCCCUUCUACCCCCCUCACUUGGGCUCAGACUACUUCAUCAAGAGGGAGGACCAUGGGAAUAUGGGCGGCAGGCCCAUUGGGCUCAAUCUGGGCCACAGGACUUACUUCUCCUCUGGCGACGGGCUUGCUAUAGAUCGCAGGCUGAUCGUGGGCCGGGCCCACCACCACCACCACCAGCCCCCUAGGUGUCAAGCGGAGGGGUGCAAGGCUGAUCUCUCUGGGGCCAAGCAUUAUCACAGGAGGCAUAAGGUCUGCGAGUUCCAUUCGAAGGCUGCCGUGGUCGUUGCUGGGGGAUUGCAGCAGAGGUUUUGUCAGCAGUGCAGCAGGUUUCAUGUGCUGGCCGAGUUUGACGAGUCAAAAAGGAGCUGCAGAAAGAGGCUUGCUGAUCACAAUCGCAGGAGGAGGAAACCUCACAACAAAAACAGCAACAACCCUUCGUCCGCAACCGACUCCUCCUCUGACAAGGCCAAACUCAGUACUGCUCCUCCCAUGCCUUCAAGAGAUCACUCUACUUCGAGCAGAUGUACAAGCAGUACCGCGGCAACUACAAAUAAUACUAGCGGUACGGGCUUAGAUCAGGUGAAUACUGGUCACGUAGAGCAGAACAAAUCAAUCCUGUUCAGGAAUGGGCCAGCUCUAUCCCUCGGAGGGGUCGCCGCAGGAUCUCAACAAAUUAGCCUCUUCAACAAUUACCAACAUCACCAGUACUUGAUCUCUCCUUCGCCCUCCAGUAGUAACAACAACAACAACAACAACAACAGUGUUGGCUUCUACCAUCAGAGCUUCAUUGGUUCGACCUCAAACGAUGCAUCUCAAUCUCAUGAUCUGCACCAGGCCAACCUCCUCCAUUUGGGUCAAUCCUUGUUCGAGGUUGACUUCAUGUGACGCCAAAAUGGCUAGUCCUUUUUUGUGCUUGCAGGUUUUUCUUAAUUAUUACCUUUUUCAGUGGGAAUAAUAUUUGUUAAUUUC